AUGGCGAAUGGCGCCGUCAUCCCCUUCUUGGUCACGAUGAUGCUCGUGACCGGGGUCUGCAACACCAUUCUGAACAAAUACCAGGAUAUGCAAUGUGUCCGGAACUGCGACUCUUCCAAUCCCAAAGAGUGGAAGCUGUUCGAGCAGCCAGUGAUCCAGACAGUACAAAUGUUCAUUGGAGAAAUGGGCUGCUGGCUCGUCCUAGGCCUAUCCAUCCUCUACAAACGAUACGUCUCGCCGCGCUUCUCUCGCGAACCUUCCCCGCUCCUCGCGGGCGGAUACCACCCCGUCAACGGCGAUGACGAACACUUCGAAGAUGAAGAGGAGGAGGACCAGGUCCUCGAAGGUCCCGGAGCUUCGAGGAAUCCUAUCAACAAACCCGCCACCGAAGAUGACACCCGCAUCCCCUUGCGCGGAUCGAAGAUCUUCCUCCUCGCCGCGCCAGCCUGCUGCGAUAUCGCCGGCACGACGCUCAUGAACGUGGGCCUCCUCUUCGUAGCCGCUAGUAUCUACCAAAUGACACGCGGCGCACUAGUUCUCUUCGUGGGGCUGUUCAGCGUGCUCUUCCUCCGCCGCAGACUCUUCUUCUAUCAAUGGAGCGCGCUCUUCAUCGUCGUGCUGGGCGUCGCGGUCGUUGGACUAUCAGGUGCUCUCUUCGCCGGCCAGCCCGAUCACGAUAUCCAGCAGGAUGAAGAUGGUGUUCUCACUAUAACCGCCUCGCGGGUGCUGAUGCAUGCCCGCAAUGCCGUCGACGCCCAGCUCGCCGUCCAGACCAUCGUCGGCGUGCUCCUCAUCGCCGCGGCCCAGAUCUUCACGGCUUCGCAGUUCGUAUCGGAGGAGUGGAUCCUGGAGAAAUAUGCUAUGGAUCCCAUUCAGGUCGUUGGUUGGGAAGGUAUCUUCGGUUUCACGGUCACUGUCGUCGCGAUGGUUAUCCUGUAUCUGGUCGUUGGACGGACAGAGGCCGGACAAUACGGAUACUUCGAUAUGCGAGAGGGCUGGCGCGAAGUCUUCAGCAACCGUGCCAUUGCAGGGUCCAGCCUUCUUAUCAUGAUCAGCAUUGGCGGCUUCAACUUCUUCGGCCUCUCUGUAACCCGCUCCGUGAGCGCCACAUCGCGUAGCACAAUCGACACUUGCCGCACGCUCUUCAUCUGGCUCGUAUCGCUAGGUCUAGGCUGGGAGACCUUCAAGUGGUUGCAGGUCGUCGGCUUCGCGCUACUCGUUUACGGCACGUUCUUGUUCAAUGAUAUCGUGCGCCCGCCGCUCAGGGCGUGUUUGCCCCGUGCUAGGGAAAGCGAGGUCAUUCUUCCUGCUGAUGAGAGGUUUGAUCAUCUUGAGCCGCCGCCAUCUUAUUACUCCGAGGCGCGGACGGAUUGA